AUGGCAGAGCUGGUGGAGGUACGUGACGACAAAGGACAUUUUAUGAAAAUGAAGAAGUAUGAUGGCAGGUACUAUGUUAAUCAUUUCAUCGGAAAUGUCAAGGAUCACCUUGCUGCAAUAGAAGCUAUGAAUGUAAGAGACGAUGAUACGUUCGUCGUAUCAUACCCAAAGUCAGGAACCCACUGGACCUACACAAUAGUCAACAUGCUUCGUAAAGAGGAGACAACUUACCCUGGAUCACUAACGUUUUUAGAUUAUACUGACAUGGAGACACUCGAUAAUCUUCCGUCCCCUAGAGUAUUCGCGACUCAUAUGACCUUUGACCUUUUACCGAAACAAGUCAAAGAGGGAAAAGGCAAGAUUGUGACAGUAUUUCGGAACCCGAAGGACGUCUUCACAUCAUUAGAACUAUUCGCAAGGAAAAUGGAUCACGAAGAAAUGAAAAAAAAUUACAACACGACAUGGGAGAGUUUUUUUGAAUUUUUCAUGGACGGUAGAAUUUUCUACGGUUCCUGGUUUGAUCACAUACAGAGUUGGGAUAAAGUGAGACGAGAACACAAGGGAAACAACAUACAGUAUCUCAUCUACGAGGACAUGAAACAGGACCUGAGAUCGUAUGUACAAAAGCUUGCAUUAUUUCUUGGGGUUUCUUCCGAAACGGAGUUCCUGGAGGCGGUGACUGAUAAAUGUACAUUCCGAAAUAUGGCAGAUGAGGCUACAAAAGAAUUUACACCAUCCGAACAAUGGAAAGCUGUCAUGAAAGACAAAAGGCUUCCAAUCUAUAGGAAAGGUGAAAUCGGAGAUUGGAAAAACCAUUUUACAGUUGCCCAAAGUGAUUACUUUGAUGAAGUUUACACGGAGAAAAUGAAAAAUUCAAGUUUUACUUUUCGAUUUGUAUAA